CAGUUUUACAAAGCGAAGUUAAACGAGACCUUCCCUACAGUCUCUUCUCUUCUCACAGAUCUCAUCUCACUCCAAAUCCAAAACACUCUCCAGCAACAGUAACCACCACUACUUCAAUACGUUUAUUUCAUAGCUGCAGUUUGAAUUUGAAAUAUAAGUAGCAAAAAGUGCUCCGACAGCUUAACAGUAAGCUGGCGUUGUUAAACAAACGAAUUUGAAACUUGCGUCUCAGAAAAUUUGAUCUGAAUGUGAAUGGAGUUCACAGAAGCUUACAAGCAGACGGGUCCUUGUUGUUUCUCACCCAAUGCUCGUUACAUUGCCGUCGCCGUCGAUUAUCGCCUCGUUAUUCGGGAAUCUCUUUCAACCAAUUCCAAUUUUUUUUUCUUUAUCGUAUACAUAAUUAAUUCUAAAUUUCUAAUGCAGGUUGUGCAGCUGUUUUCAUGCUUGGACAAGAUAAGCUAUAUCGAAUGGGCCCUCGAUUCUGAGUACAUUCUUUGUGGUCUAUAUAAAAGACCAAUGAUACAGGCAUGGUCGUUGGCCCAACCUGAAUGGACAUGCAAGAUAGAUGAAGGUCCUGCUGGUAUUGCGUAUGCUAGAUGGAGCCCAGACAGCCGUCACAUACUUACCACUUCAGACUUCCAACUGCGUUUAACAGUUUGGUCACUAUUAAACACAGCAUGUGUACAUGUGCAAUGGCCAAAGCAUCCUUACAAGGGCGUUUCUUUUACCAAGGAUGGGAAAUUUGCUGCAAUUUGCACAAGGCGUGAUUGCAAGGACUACAUUAAUCUUCUGUCUUGUCAUACAUGGGAGAUAAUGGGUGUAUUUGCUGUGGACACAUUGGACUUGUCUGAUACUGAAUGGUCGCCAGAUGACAGUACAAUAGUGAUAUGGGAUUCGCCUCUCGAAUAUAAGGUUCUAAUAUACUCCCCAGAUGGGAGGUGCCUAUAUAAGUAUCAAGCAUAUGAAAGUGGAUUGGGCGUAAAAAGUGUUUCAUGGUCUCCUUGUGGCCAGUUUCUAGCAGUGGGUAGUUAUGACCAGAUGUUGCGGGUUUUGAAUCACCUGACUUGGAAGACUUUUGCUGAAUUUAUGCAUCUAUCUACUGUCCGUGCUCCCUGUUGUGCUGCUGUUUUUAAGGAAGUGGAUGAGCCACUGCUGCUUGAUAUGUCCGAGUUAUGUAUAAGUGAUGAUUUUGCACAAGGCAAUGAUGAUGCUUCUGAAGGACAUUUCAGAGUUAAGUACGAGGUUACAGAAGUGCCCAUUAGUUUGCCUUUCCAGAAGCCUCCUGCAGACAAACCUAACCCCAAACAAGGAAUUGGUCUAAUGUCAUGGAGCAAUGACAGCCAAUACAUCUGCACUAGGAAUGAUAGCAUGCCAAGUAUUCUGUGGAUCUGGGACAUACGGCAUCUUGAGCUUGCCACUAUCUUGGUGCAGAAAGAUCCAAUUCGAGCAGCAGUUUGGGACCCUACGUGCACGCGUCUCGUUGUUUGCACGGGAAGCUCACAUUUGUACAUGUGGACUCCUGCAGGUGCUUACUGUGUGAGUAUCCCACUACCGCAGUUUAGCAUAGUUGAUCUAAAAUGGAAUUCGGAUGGAAGCUGUCUUUUGCUGAAGGAUAAAGAGUCAUUUUGCUGCGCUGCUGUUGCUGUACUUCCAGAAUCCAGUGAAUAUAGCUCAGAUGAUUGAGGCAGCUUGCUUUACCAAUAUUUAUUGAGAAAAGUAAAUUGUAGAACUAAGCAAUUCAACUUGCUCUCUUUGUGUAUUAUAUGUAUGUAGUUGGGAUGUUCCAUUUGUUGUAGUUGGAACAUCAGACGCUUUGGCUACAAUAGCGGCCUUUCUCUACCAUUUGUAUUUAGAUCAUCGUUAUUGCUCUUGGAAAAUUGACCGGCUUUGACUUGCUAAGCCUGCAUGACCAAUUUGCAGCAAGUGCCUUGGUCGAUUUGGUAGCCCCCCUCCCCCCCACCACCACCGAAAAGAAAAUAUGGAAGUGGACUGUAUAAAGUGACAGUUACUGCUUUUGAGAUGAUAA